AUGUCAUGCUUCUUCCUACCCUCGUUCAUCGAUACCUGGACGGGCACUGUUAUGCUGGUAACUAUAGCCAUCACCUAUAUCUCCGUCCACCAAGCUCGAAAGCCCUCAGAGAGCCACUCUAACGAGCGUUUCAUGCCAUCAGCAAUACCCAACUGCCUAGUCUUUCCAGUGCACCUAGCAGUCCUGAUUAGGAGAGUUUCAGGCGUUCCCUCACGUUCUUUGUCGCAGCCUGCUGAUGCAUCGAAAACGCCCCAUACCUCAGAAAAAGGAUCCCCGGAGAAGCUCUCUAUUCUUGAUCUCGACAUUCGAUAA